AACAUCAUAAUUUUUUCUCUCUGCAGGCUUGCAAGAGAUGGGCAACAGUCUAAGGUGCUGUUUGGCUUGUGUCAUUCCUUGCGGAGCCUUAGACUUGAUCCGUAUAGUGCACUUGAACGGGCAGGUUGAGGAAAUCGCGCAUCCCAUCACCGCCGGCGAGGUUCUCAACAACAACCCAAACCACGUUUUGAGCAAACCCAGCAGCUCUCAAGGCAUGGUUCGCCGGAUCAUGAUCCUCUCGCCGGAGUCUGAGCUCAAGAGAGGCAGUAUCUACUUCUUGAUCCCCGCGACUUCUGUCCCGGACAAGAAGAAGAACAAAAAGAGAGUGUACAACGUUAAUUCCGCCGCGCGCGAUGUUGUGUCGCCGUCGGAGAAGAAGUCACCGUGUCGCCGGCAUCGCCGCCGGAGCGGUAAGGUUGGGAUAUGGAGGCCCCAUCUUGAGAGCAUUUCUGAAGACUACUGAAACCAAAAUGCCAUCCCAACUUCUUUCUUUCUGCAUACGCUGCAAAAAUUACCAACGUUUUUGUUUUCACCUUCGCGU